AUGUUCGUAUACAAUAUAAAGCCUGGAUCCAGUGAGGAAGAGGAAGAAGAGGAUGUGACUGAUAUACUUCAGAAAAGGCGAGAAGAAUGCGAACGCAAGGCAAGAAGAGGGGAAAUGGAUCCUCGCCUGGAAUUCACUUUUCAACUGUUGUUGGAUGGUACAGGCUUGCCUAGACACGCUAUAAUGGAUCAUGUUUUUGAAGGAAAUAUGCUCGACGACAUUAAUCAGUUAUUUUUACCCCACAUGAGAAAUAAACUACUUUGGUACUAUCAAAACGUCGAAGAAGUUGAACAACGACCGCAAGCCGAAAAUAGUAAGCAAAGGCAACAAGGACAAGUCAAACAAACUGCAUCGCAAGUGAUAAUGAAAAAGAAAUUAUUUUUAUCCGAUGGUUGGGAUGUGAAAUUCACUGGCAUAUGUAUUUAUAUGUUUAGGAUUAACGUCAGCAAACAGUUACCAGAAGAAGGAUUUCAUAAGGACUUGUUUUGCGGUAUUCUAAACGCUGAUAAAGUUGGAUUAGUAACGGCAAUCGAAAGGGUGAUGGAACAUGUAUAUAUGAAUGCAUUAGCGCAUCCCAACAUAUGUGAAGAUGUUUGUAAUCAAGUAAAUAUUUUUCACGAUGGUCAAUCUCUUAUGGAAAAUAUACAAAAUCCGAAUGACCUCAAAGAAUUGGCAAAGGUUCCUUCAACAAUAACUCUACUGGAAAACAGAGUCAACGAAUGGAUAAAAAAAAUAAUGGAGAUUUUAAGUGAAAGCGAACAAUUACGAAGAGAAGUAGACUCAAGUGGGCCGCAAGAUGAGUUAGAGUAUUGGAAAAAACGAGGUGCUCAGUUUUCACAGCUUGCAUCAUAUUUACAGGAUAAUGAAGUACAACUGACUUUGUCAUGUCUUCAAUUGUCGUGUUCGAAAGUAAUAAAACAAUGGAGGGAUACCGAUCACAAAAUAACAUUUUGCUACAAUGAAGCUAAGGACAAUGCAAAAUUCAUUCAGGCGAUGGAAAAAUGCUGUCAUUCUUUAUAUUUAGACGAUCCAGUUAAAAUUAAGGAUUCCAUUUUGAAUUUGUUACAAACUGUCAGACUAAUCCACAGUGUUUCCCAAUUUUAUAAUACAUCAGAAAGAAUAUCGUCAUUGAUGGUUAAGAUAACAAACCAAAUGAUAGAAACCUGCAAACAAUAUAUUACUUGCCGCUUCAAAGAAACGAUUUGGUCUCAAAAUCGUGAUUUAGUGAGAAAUAAACUAAUACAUUGUAUUAACCUGAAUAAAACAUACCGAGACACAUAUAUUUUUGUAAAAAAUCAACCAUUCCUUCCUAAUACUGAGCAAUUUAGUUUUUCCGAAAAUUAUGUUUUCGGAAAAUUUGAUACGUUCUGUAACCGACUGAACAAAAUUAUAUCUAUGUUUGAUUUAAUGGAUGAUUACAAUCAUUUAUUUGAAAAAAGGAUGGAGGGUCUUCUAUUAGGCGAAGAUUUGGAAGAAGCAAUUAAUUUCUUCGCAGAAGCAAAAAAAGCAGUCACCACUUGCCAAUAUGAUUACCUAGACUAUAGAAAUAAUGAAUUUGAUAAAGACUUCCAGGCUUUUGAAGAUAAAACAAAUGCUCUAAAACAAUCAAUCGGGAACACCAUAGAAUCUAAUUUUUCAAGUGUUUGGGAAACACCACAAGGAAUUAAGUUUUUAACUAGAUUUGAAAAGGUCAGCAAAAAAAUAGAAAUAACUAAACUUGGCGAAAAGUAUAACCGAGUAUUAAAAUACAGUGAAAAGGAAGUGGAUAAAAUUAUGAAGAUGUUCAAGAGACAAAAAGACGAUCCUCCAUUACCACGAAACUAUUCACCCGUUGCUGGUCGUAUAAAAUGGGCCCGAUGUUUAAUGUAUAAUAUGACAGAAACCGUGGAAAGCGUUUGUGCUCAUCCGGUCUUACAUGCUUUGCCUGCGGCGGCAGACAUGAUGAAGAAGUAUUCCGCCACACGUAAUCUUAUUAUCAACUAUGAAGAUACUAUGAGAGCAGUAUGGAUGAAUCAAAAUAUUUGGGAUGUGGAUGACAGUCUCACUAACAGUCUGUUAAAAAUUGAUGACUCCGGCAGGCUAAGUGUGAACUUAGAUCAUAAAAUCAAACUGCUUAUUCGAGAAUCAGAUUGUUUAAUUAAGAUGGGUCUCGAUCUUCCAAUUGUUUGCCACUCUCUUUACUUCAAAAAAGAGUACUUUACUCUAAUUAACGAUUCUUUACAGUUUUUAUUGGAAGAUUAUUUACGGACUGUCCGUCAAGUAAAAUUGGAAGUUCGACCGCUAUUAUUACCUCAAGUUGUAAGAUUAUCUUCACUAUUGCUGCCAGGUCUACGAAGUGUUACUUGGACUUGUGAGGAUUGGAAGGAGUUUAUUGAUAGAGCUAAUGGAGCCAUUACAAGUUUUGAUGUCUUAGUAACAAGAGUUCACGACAUUUAUGUCAACAGAAUAAUUUAUGUUUUAGCUGGUAUGCAAGAGGUUACACUCGUUACUUUGCCAGAUGAAAAUCCUUGGUCGAUUGAUGAAUUUUUGGACCACAUCGAGAGCGGCUGUCGAAACGCUAGCAUGGAGUUGAAUAGAAAAAGUCUUAUGGUAGAAGAAGCUGUUGAAGAAAUUCUGGAACUUGUUAAGAAGGCUGCUCAACAAUUUAAGCCAUGUGAAAUUAAUCCUGACUUUGAGUUUCUUGUAGCCGAAGAUGAUGCACAUUCAACCGCUGGUCCGGCUUCCACUAUGAACGAGUCUACAACGAGCGGCCAACAGGAUUGGUCAGCGGUAUGGGAAUGUUUUGAGAAUCCACAUAGGCUUAUUUCGAUACCAGCUGGCGGUCUGUCAAAAAGCAUGCAGGAGAUGGUAAAAAACGCAGUAACAGAAAUGAGGAGAUACUAUAGUCGGAAGGUAAUUGACGUACUCAUAAAGGUGACCAGACGAGCUCUUGACAAAAUAAUCAAAAAGUUUUAUAAUGAACAUCUUGGCGAACAGAAGCGGCCAAUAUUUCUUAUGCACGCCACAUUAAUGAUUCCAAAUGUAUCAAUACAUCCCUCUAUAGACGAAAUACAAGAGGUUUUAGUAGCAGCUGGUAAAUACAUUACGGGUUUAUCGAAAGGUGUAGCACAAUGGAGUGGAGGAAAACCAACGAGGGUAAAUUGGAAAAAGCUGGCAGGUCAACAUAAAAAUCAAUUUGAGCAAGUUAUCACCAAACUUGAUGAACAGGUCCAUACAGUAUCAGCGUCGAACAAUGUGACACAAAAAUCAAGCAAAGGGAAUAAUGACACAACCAAAAUAAAAAGAAAAAAGUAUUAUAGAUUAGAAACAGAAGAAAAACCAGUUUUUCCAUUGCAGCAAAAAAAUUUUUAUAACUACAUAAUGGAAAACAAAGAGACACUUAAAACAGUGACUCUCUUGUCUAUGUGUACACAGAACAUAAAAACGGAACUAACCACACUAGUGAAACGAUGGCGACCAUAUCAUUAUUUAUGGAAAUGUGAAAAAACCUUGCGCCAGCUUCUAGCUUGGAAUCUCAAUGAUUUUGAAAUAUCUUUGAAGAAACAUAGUGAACUGGAUGCGAAAUUAGCUACAGAGCCAGAUGUUUUAAUCAUUGGGAAUUGUCUUGCUAUAUCCACUGAAAAAUUAAAACUUGGACUUUCGACGGAACUAAGAAACGGAACGUUCAGAAUAAGUCAAGCUAUGAGAAAAAAAUACAAACGAGAAAUGGACUAUGUUUAUGCAAUAAUGAAUGAUUUAGAACACAAAUUGGAAAGACCAAUUCGAGACUUAGAUGAUGUUAGAACUGUAAUGGAAACGUUAAAAAAAAUAAGAGAACAAGAGGUUGACAUGGAGUUAAAAAUCGAUCCAGUGGAAGAAGCCUUUAACGUUAUCACUCGAUAUGAUUUACCUGUGAGCAAACAAGACUUAGAACAAGUGGACAAUCUCAGAUACAGUUGGCAACAAUUACAAGCAACAGCGCUAGCAUCCCACGUACAGCUAUUGAAAAUGCAACCACAGUUUGAAAGUGAUUUAAAAUGUAAUUUGAAUAAAUUCAGAGAAGAUAACGCUGAAUACUGCCAUGAAUACCGUCACGCAGGUCCAAUGCAGGCGGGAUUAAGCCCAAGAGAGGCGUCAGAUCGUCUUAUAUUGUUCCAGAAUCGAUUUGAUGGAAUGUGGCGUAAACUACAAACUUAUCAAAACGGCGAGGAGUUAUUUGGCCUACCACAUACGGAAUAUCCAGAGCUUGCUCAAAUAAGAAAGGAAUUAAAUUUAUUGCAAAAACUUUACAAACUAUAUAAUGACGUAAUAGACCGCGUUAGUGGUUAUUAUGAUAUACCCUGGGGAGAUGUUAAUAUCGAAGAAAUAAAUAACGAACUAAUGGAAUUUCAAAACAGAUGUAGGAAACUUCCGAAAGGUCUCAAGGAAUGGCCCGCAUUUUAUGCGUUAAAGAAAACUAUAGACGAUUUCAAUGAUAUGUGUCCACUUUUGGAACUUAUGGCCAAUAAAGCAAUGAAACCUCGACAUUGGCAACGAAUAAUGGAAGUAACUAAGUACAUAUUUGAACUCGAUAGUGAAGACUUUUGCCUAAAAAAUAUUUUGGAGGCACCUCUACUACAAAAUAAAGAAGAUAUUGAGGAUAUUUGCAUUUCAGCCAUGAAAGAAAAAGAUAUUGAAGCUAAGUUACGACAAGUUACAAAUGAAUGGUCGGUCCACGAAUUAACAUUUCAAACAUUUAAUAAUCGUGGUGAAUUAUUACUAAGAGGAGACACCACUGCUGAAACAAUAGGACAGCUUGAAGAUAGUCUAAUGAUUUUGGGUUCACUUUUGUCCAAUAGAUAUAAUGCACCAUUUAGAAAGCAAAUACAACAGUGGCUUUAUGACCUGCAAAGCACUAAUGAAAUUCUGGAAAGAUGGCUACUUGUCCAAAAUAUGUGGGUUUAUCUAGAAGCUGUAUUUGUUGGUGGUGACAUUGCUAAACAAUUGCCUAAAGAAGCUAAACGAUUCUCAAAAAUAGAUAAGUCUUGGCAAAAAAUUAUGCAAAGAGCCCAUGAAACACCUGGAGUUGUGUCAUGCUGUGUAGGAGACGACCUUCUUAGGCAGCUUUUACCCCACCUUCAGGAACAAUUAGAAUUAUGUCAGAAGAGUUUAAGUGGAUAUUUAGAAAGAAAGAGAACAAUGUUUCCAAGAUUCUUUUUCGUCUCAGACCCAGCUUUGUUAGAAAUUCUAGGACAAGCUUCGGAUUCUCAUACGAUUCAAAAUCACUUGUUAUCUAUUUUUGACAAUAUAAGAUAUGUGAAAUUCCACGACAUUGAAUACAAUAAAAUGAUUGCAAUUGUUUCUUCAGAAGGAGAAGAAAUUAAGCUGGAACGUCCAGUCCGUGCGGAAGGUUCAGUAGAAACCUGGCUCACAUCUUUACUUCAAUCCGCACAGAGCAGUCUUCAUUCGAUUAUACGUAAUGCCGUAGCAGUACUUAAUGAUCCUUCUUUUAAUCUGCUUUUAUUUCUUGAUAAAAUGCCAGCACAGGUUGGCUUACUAGGUAUUCAAAUAAUUUGGACUAGAGAUGCGGAACUCGCACUGAUGCAAGCUCGGCAAGAUAAAAAAAUAAUGAUGGAAACUAAUAAUAAAUUUUUGGAACUUCUCAAUACUUUGAUAGACCAAACUACAAGAGAUUUAUUGAAAAUUGACCGAAUCAAAUUCGAAACACUUAUUACAAUACACGUUCAUCAAAGAGACAUUUUUGAUAUGUUGUGCCGUUUAAAUGUCCGGUCUGCAAAUGACUUUGAAUGGUUGAAGCAAUGCCGAUUUUACUUCAAAGAAGAUGCAGAUAAAACGUGGAUAUCCGUAACAGAUGUUACAUUCACGUAUCAGAACGAGUAUUUGGGUUGUACCGAGAGAUUGGUUAUAACGCCGCUUACUGACAGGUGCUACAUUACACUAGCGCAAGCACUAGCAAUGAGUAUGGGUGGAGCACCUUGCGGGCCAGCGGGUACAGGCAAAACUGAGACUGUUAAAGACAUGGGCAAAACUCUUGCUAAAUAUGUAGUAGUAUUCAAUUGCUCCGAUCAAAUGGAUUAUAGAGGUUUGGGAAGAAUCUACAAAGGACUUGCACAAUCUGGUUCUUGGGGAUGUUUCGACGAAUUUAAUCGAAUAGAGCUUCCUGUAUUAUCGGUUGCUGCUCAACAAGUCGCCGUUGUACUAAGUGCGAAGAAAGAAAAAAAGAAGUCGUUCCUUUUCACGGAUGGUGAUAUGUCAGAUAUGUGUCCAGAGUUUGGAAUAUUUAUAACAAUGAAUCCAGGCUAUGCUGGUAGAAAAGAACUGCCAGAAAACUUAAAAAUACAAUUUCGAACAGUUGCAAUGAUGGUACCAGAUCGACAAAUCAUUAUUAGAGUAAAACUUGCUUCGUGUGGCUUUUUAGAAAAUAUAACUCUGGCUCGAAAAUUUUACACCUUGUACAAAUUGUGUGAGGAGCAACUUACAAAACAAGUGCAUUAUGAUUUUGGACUUCGAAAUAUACUUUCAGUGCUAAGAACUCUUGGGGCAGUAAAACGUGUAAAUUCUAAAGACAAUGAAAGCACUAUAGUAAUGCGAGUUUUAAGAGACAUGAAUCUAUCAAAAUUAAUAGACGAGGAUGAACCACUUUUUAUUUCGCUAGUAGCAGACUUGUUUCCUAAUCAAGUUUUAGAAAAAACCACCUACCCAGAGCUAGAAGAAGCAAUAAAAAGACAAGUCGAUCAAAAUGGAUUGAUUUAUCAUCCACCAUGGGUACUAAAAAUAAUUCAAUUAUAUGAAACACAACGCGUACGACAUGGAAUAAUGACUCUCGGUCCUCCUGGGGCAGGGAAGACUACAUGCAUUCAUACAAUAAUGAAUGCUCUUUCUGAAACUGAAAAUCCCCACAGGGAAAUGAGAAUGAAUCCAAAAGCGAUAACAGCUGCACAGAUGUUUGGAAGAUUGGAUGUCGCAACCAACGAUUGGACUGACGGAAUUUUUUCAGCUUUGUGGCGAAAGACGCUUAAAAUAAAAACCGGAGAGCACAUAUGGUUGGUAUUAGACGGUCCUGUAGACAGUAUAUGGAUCGAAAAUCUAAACUCAGUUUUGGAUGAUAACAAGACGCUUACAUUAGCCAAUGGUGAUCGCCUAACAAUGUCCCCCACAUCUAAAAUUAUUUUUGAACCCGAAAAUAUUGAUAAUGCGUCUCCAGCGACUGUGUCGCGUAAUGGUAUGGUGUAUAUGAGCUCUUCUGGUUUAAACUGGGAACCAGUCCUCGGAGCAUGGCUGAAAAUGCGAUCGGCGAGGGAAAUAGAAGUAUUUAACGAAUUAUUUCAUAAGACUUUCCCAAAUAUAUUUACAUGGUGUACACAAAACCUAACAGUUAGUAUGCGAGUUCUUCAAAGCAACAUAAUUUUACAAAUGCUCAAUCUUCUCGAGGGAUUGGUACCUCCUCAGAUUAUUGACACCGAUGAUCACAAUGCAAGUAAGUCUGUAAAUGGAGAUAUAGACGAUGACGAAGAGAAAGAGAAGGUAGAAGAAAUAGUACUUUUCACACAUGAACAAUUACACAAAAUUUACAUAUUUACUUUGGUUUGGGGAUUUGGAUCACUCCUUGAAACACAAGACAGAAUAAGAUUUGAUGAAUAUCUCAAAACUACAUUCAGUGAAGCUCUUAGCCUUCCAAAACAUCCAAACAAUAAACCGAGCUUAGUUUUUGAUUUUUAUGUAAAAAAUCCUGGAAAAUGGGAAUUAUGGGACGACUUAAUAACAAACUAUCAAUAUCCUGAUACAACCACACCUGAUUAUUCAAAUAUUCUGGUGCCAAUCGUGGAUAAUGUUAGAAUUAAUUAUUUAAUUAAUUGCAUAGCCAAGCAAGAUAAAGCGGUAUUAUUGUUGGGUGAACAAGGUUCAGCUAAAACGGUAAUGAUGAAAACGUAUAUGAAAAAUGCUAAUGCUGAGCAAUUUAUGGGACGUUCUUUUAAUUUUUCAUCUGCUACUAGUCCUUAUCAGUUUCAAAAGACCAUAGAAUCUUACGUCGAAAAAAGAAGUGGCAUGAUUUUUGGACCCCCCGGAGGAAGAAAAAUGCUUGUGUUUAUAGAUGAUAUAAAUUUGCCACAAAUUAAUGAAUGGGGUGAUCAAGUUACCAACGAAAUUGUUCGUCAGACUAUGAGCAUGGGUGGAUUCUAUAGUUUAGAAAAACCAGGAGAUUUUACUACUAUUAUAGACAUUCAGUUUUUAGGAGCAAUGGGUCAACCAGGUGGAGGGCGGAACGACAUCCCAGCAAGACUGAAGCGACAAUUUUCAAUCUUUAACUGUCCAUUGCCAAAUAACGAUUCAAUUGAUAAAAUAUUUAAAGUAAUAGGAGAAGGCCACUACAACGCAAAAAGAGGAUUUACUAUUGAAGUUAGAACACUUAUAAAAAAAAUAAUUCCACUUACAAGAGAACUUUGGUCCAGAACUAGAUUGAAAUUGUUGCCAACACCUGCAAAGUUCCACUACGUAUUUUCUUUACGCGAUUUAUCUAGAGUCUGGCAAGGAAUGGUAGGAACUUUACCUACAGUAAUUGAAUCAGAAAAAUGUUUAAUGCUUUUGUGGAAACAUGAGUGCUCAAGAGUUUUCUCUGAUCGCUUCACUCAUCAACUGGACAAAGAUUGGUUUCACAAAGAGUUAUUUGAUAUAGCUGGUGAAAUGCUCGGGCCAGAAUAUAAAAAGAUGAUGGAAAAAGAUCCAGUGUUUGUAGAUUUUAUGAGGGAUGCUCCUGAACCAACCGGUGAAGAAGGAGAAGAUGCAGACAUGGAAUUGCCAAAAGUUUAUGAACCCGUAUUUGACUAUAACGAAUUACGAGAGCGGCUGGAUAUGUUUCUCUCUCAAUUUAAUGAAAUGGUUCGAGGUUCUGGAAUGGAUUUAGUGUUUUUCCCUGAUGCAAUGCUUCACCUAGUGAAAAUUUCAAGAGUAAUACGACAUCCUCGAGGAAAUGUCAUGCUCGUCGGAGUAGGUGGAUCCGGAAAGCAAUCUCUUACGAAACUAUCUACAUUCAUCGCAGGCUAUCGCUCAUUUCAAAUUGCUUUAACAAGAUCCUACAAUGUUGGCAAUUUCUUAGAAGAUUUGAAAUUACUGUAUAGAUCAUGUGGAGUACAAGGGAAAGGCACGACGUUUAUAUUUACUGAUUUAGACAUCAAAGAAGAAGGAUUCUUAGAAUAUUUAAACAACAUUUUAUCCUCGGGUGUAAUAUCAAAUUUAUUUACUAAAGACGAGCAACAAGAAAUAAUUUCAGAACUGACGCCUAUAAUGAAACGAGAAAAUCAAAAACGAACUUUAACAAAUGAACUAGUUAUGGAAUAUUUCUUGAAUAGAACUUGUCAAAAUUUACAUGUUGUGCUAUGUUUUUCACCAGUGAGUGAAGCUUUCAGAUAUAGAGCUUUACGAUUUCCUGCACUCAUAUCAGGAUGUACAAUAGAUUGGUUUCAACCUUGGCCUAAAGAUGCUUUAGUUUCAGUUGCUGAUCAUUUUUUAUCAGAAUUUGAAAUAGAGUGCACAAAGGAAGUAAAAAAAGAACUUGUUACGGUUUUGGGUACGAUUCAAGAUGUAGUUUCAACUGUUUCUACUGAAUAUUUUCAAAGAUUUCGACGUUCAUCGCACGUUACUCCAAAGUCAUAUCUAAGUUUUAUAGGUGGAUACAAAACUAUAUAUCAAAUGAAACAAAAGGAACUUGGAGAUGGUGCUUUGAGGAUGGAUACAGGUUUGGAAAAACUUAGGGAAGCCUCAAUAUCUGUGGAGGUAUUAAAAAAAGAUUUAGCGAUAAUGGAGCAAGAUCUAGCCUUAGCCUCCGAGAAAGCUGACCGAGUACUAACCGAGGUAACCGAAAGAGCAAUGCAAGCCGAAAUUGUUAAAAAUCAAGUGCAAAUUGUGAAAGAAAAAGCAGAAGCAUUAGUAGCAUUUAUAGCAGAAGAAAAAGAAAAGGCUGAAAUAAAACUAGAAGCCGCGAAACCAGCACUGGAGGAGGCUGAGGCUGCAUUAAAUACUAUUAAGCCAGCACAUAUUGCUACUGUUAGAAAAUUAGGUCGACCACCUCACCUCAUCAUGAGAAUAAUGGAUUGCGUAUUAAUUCUUUUUCAACGAAGAUUACAUCCUCUUAUAUCGGACACAGCUGCACCUUGUCCAAAACCUUCGUGGGCUGAAUCGCUCAAGAUGAUGGCUAGUACAACAUUUUUACUUCAAUUACAAAACUAUCCAAAAGAUAUUAUAAACAACGAAAUGGUUGAACAUCUUACUCCUUACUUUGAAAUGGAAGACUAUAACAUGGAUACAGCAAAAAGAGUAUGUGGGGACGUUGCCGGUUUGCUUUCAUGGACAAAAGCGAUGGCUUUUUUUCAUAGCGUGAAUAAGGAAGUUCUUCCACUCAAAGCAUCAUUGAUGCUUCAAGAAGCUAGACUUAAGGUCGCAAUGGAAGACUUAGCUUCAGCAGAAAGACAACUUGAAGAUAGAGAAAUGUCACUUAGAAAAGUCAAGGAACAAUAUGAAACAGCAGUUUCAGAAAAACAACAACUAACAGAUGCUGCAAAUGUUUGCUUGCGCAAAAUGACUGCUGCUACUCAACUUAUAAAUGGAUUAGGCGGUGAAAAAAUUAGAUGGACACAACAAAGUAAAGAUUUCAAGGAACAGCUUGGAAGAUUAGUAGGAGAUGUUGUUUUAGCCACUGGAUUUUUAUCUUAUUGCGGUCCAUAUAAUCAGGAAUUCAGAUAUAAUCUUUUCAAUACUUGGAUGGGAAUCCUUAAAAAUAAACUUAUACCCGUAACAGAUAAUUUGAACAUAACAAACAUGUUAAUUGAAAGUGCAACCAUAUCCGAAUGGACAUUGCAAGGACUUCCAAAUGACGAAUUAUCAGUACAAAACGCUUUAAUUGUAACCAAGUCAAGUUCCUACCCACUAUUAGUUGAUCCACAAAGUCAAGGAAAAAAUUGGAUCAAAAAUAAGGAGAGUACUAACGAGCUUCAAAUUACUUCCCUAAACCACAAAUAUUUCAGGACACACUUAGAAGACAGCUUGUCACUUGGAAGACCGCUUCUUAUAGAAGAUGUAGGAGUUGAACUUGAUCCCGUGAUUGAUAAUGUAUUGGAGAAAAACUUCAUUAAGUCUGGUUCUAUUGAAAAGGUUAUAGUUGGAGACAAAGAAUGUGAUGUUAUGCCCGGAUUUAUGCUAUACAUUACCACAAAGCUUCCGAACCCAGCAUAUUCUCCAGAAAUAAGCGCCAAAACUUCUAUUAUAGACUUUACAGUCACAAUGCAGGGCCUAGAAGAUCAGUUGUUGGGAAGAGUAAUACUAAUGGAAAAAUCCGACCUUGAAGAAGAACGGGUAGCAUUGUUUGAAUCCGUCAUGAAAAAUCAGAGAAGCAUGAAAGAGUUGGAAAGUAACUUGCUGUGUCGCUUAACAUCUUCUGAGGGCUCAUUGGUAGACGAUGAAGCCUUGAUACAAGUUUUACAAAUAACUAAAACUACAGCAGAAGAAGUAAACGAAAAACUUAAAGUAGCUGAAGUAACAGAGAAAAAGAUUAUCAAGGCUAGGGAAGAGUUUAGAGCUGUUGCUGCAAGGGGUUCUAUUUUAUAUUUUUUGAUAGUAGAGAUGAGUAAUGUUAAUAUUAUGUAUCAAAAUUCGCUAAAGCAAUUUCUGAAUAUUUUUGACAAUUCCAUUACUAAAUCAGUUAAAAGUAAUGUAACUGAAGAAAGAAUAAACAUAAUAUUAAAAUAUUUAACUCAUGAAGUUUGGGCAUUUACUUUGCGAAGUUUAUACGAAAGACAUAAAGCAUUAUUUACUUUAAUGUUGGCAAUGAAAAUUGAUUGCCAAAGGGCCUUAAUAUCUCACGACGAAUUUAUGGCAUUUGUUAAGGGUGGAGCCUCAUUAGAUUUGAAUGCUGUUGCUCCAAAACCUUUUAAAUGGAUUCUAGAUAUCACUUGGUUGAAUUUAGUAGAGAUCAGUAAGCUAAAAACAUUUUCAGAAGUUCUUAAUAAGAUAUCUGAAAACGAAAAAGAAUGGAGAAUAUGGUAUGAAAAAUCUAAACCAGAAGAAGAGACCAUACCAAGCGGAUAUCAUGAAAGUCUUGAUGUCUUUCGAAAGCUUCUCUUAAUACGUUCUUGGAGUCCAGAUCGAACGCUAUCUCAAGCUAGGAAAUACGUUGUCGAUUCUCUUGGACCCGAAUACGGUGAGGGUCGCAUUCUGAAUCUGGAAGCUACAUGGGUCGAAUCUGAACCACGUACACCACUGAUAUGUAUUCUUUCAAUAGGGUCGGACCCGUCCGCACAAAUCGCGUCGCUUGCAAAGUCGAAAGAGAUUGUUCUGAAAGCAGUAUCAAUGGGCCAGGGACAAGAAGUUGUAGCUCGGAAAAUGAUAUCUGACGCAAUGAAUGAAGGAGGAUGGGUUUUACUACAAAAUAUUCACUUGUCAUUACCAUUUUGUGUAGAAGCUAUGGACGCUCUGAUUGAAACUGAACACAUACAAGAAUCAUUUAGGCUUUGGUUAACUACCGAAGUUCACACAGAUUUUCCAAUUGGACUUUUACAAAUGGCUAUCAAGUUUACAAAUGAGCCACCACAGGGUAUAAGGGCAAGUAUGAAAAGAACAUAUCAAAAUAUAACACAAGACACGCUAGAUUAUUCUUCACUGUCGCAAUGGCCACCUCUUUUAUAUGCUGUAGCCUUUUUACAUACCAUUGUUCAAGAAAGGAGAAAAUUUGGUCCAUUGGGUUGGAAUAUACCAUAUGAGUUUAAUCAAGCUGAUUAUGCUGCAAGCGUUCAAUUUAUUCAAAAUCACCUUGACGAAAUAGAUCCAAAAAAAGGUAUUUCAUGGCCAACAAUUUGUUAUAUGCUCGGGGAGGUACAAUAUGGUGGAAGAGUUACUGAUGACUUUGACAAAAGAUUAUUAACUACGUUUACUAAUGUCUGGUUUUGUGAUGUUCUAUUACGACCGGGUUUCGAAUUUUACAAAGGAUACAAAGUACCACAGACAAAAAAUCUUCAAGGGUACGUCGAUUACAUUAAUCAACUUCCACUUACUGAUACCCCAGAGGUUUUCGGUUUGCACGGUAAUGCUGACAUUACUUAUCAAAUCAACAGUGCAAAGGAUAUUUUAGACACAAUUCUUAGUGUACAACCAAAGGAAGGAGGAAGCCAAGGAGGUGAAACUAGAGAAAGCAUUGUAUACAGACUCGCUGAAGACAUGUUAGAAAAGCUGCCUAAGCAGUACGUCUCAUUUGAAGUGAGAGAAGCCUUACAAAAAAUGGGUUCUUUUCUUCCCAUGAACAUUUUCUUGAGACAAGAAAUAGAUAGAAUACAGUGUGUAAUAAAAACUGUUCACACAACACUUUGCGAUCUGAAAUUAGCAAUAGACGGGACGAUUGUCAUGAGUCAGGGACUGCGAGAGUCACUAGACGCAAUGUACGACGCACGGAUUCCACAACAAUGGUCAAAGGUGUCCUGGGAAUCAGCAACAUUAGGGUUUUGGUAUACAGAGCUCUUGGAACGUGAACUUCAGUAUAGAAUUUGGCUACGAAAUGGACGACCGAAUGCUUUCUGGAUGACGGGAUUUUUUAAUCCACAAGGAUUUUUAACGGCAAUGCGACAGGAAGUGACUCGUAGUCAUAAAGGUUGGGCUUUAGACUCUGUGGUACUUCAAAAUCACAUAACUAAAUUUAACCGAGAAGAUUUGCAUGACGGGCCAGCUGAGGGAGUAUACGUGUAUGGACUUUUUCUAGAAGGGGCUUCUCUGGACAGGAAAUCUGGAAAGCUUAUUGAAUCGAAACCGAAAGUGUUAUACGAGCAAAUGCCCGUUAUUUAUAUUUUCUCCAUAAACACUACCGCAGGUAAGGAUCCGCGGCUAUAUGAGUGUCCUAUAUACAGAAAACCUCAACGAACAGACGCUAAAUAUGUGGGAUCCAUUGAUUUUGAAACAGAUAGCAACCCAAGACAUUGGACCUUACGCGGUGUAGCUUUGUUGUGUGAUAUAAAAUAAAUUUACUUAA